AUGAUCAGACAUUUGAAUCUGAUCAUCGAAAAAUACGAGCGUCGGUCUCGGGGGCUUUUAAAGAAGCUCGAGGAUUAUCCGAGCGUGAAGAAAGAGGCUAAGAAGGUUCCCGGUCUCGAGAAGAGGCUCACCACGCAGACCGCUGCGAUGGAUGAUCUGUCCAAAAAGGUAGACGAAGCAAGACAGGGAGCGAAAUACGCCGAGGAGGAGCUCGAGAGGAUAAAGACGGAAAAAGAGUCUCUGCAAUCUUUUCACGAUCAAGAGACAGUUUGUCUGCGGUCUUCUCGAAGGCACGAGGUCACUCAGAUCAUCGCGAAGUGCGAUGCUAAGCUUUUGAGGAUUAAAAAGUCGAUCUCUGACAACGAGGAGGCGAACAGGCUUAGCACGCUGAUGAACCAAGCAAUGGCUAUUAAGGAUUACCUUGCUAGUUUUAAGAAGGUUGGAGCCGAUGUCUCGGACGACUGGUUCAAAGAGCUCGAUGAGAACUUUAGCAGGUUCGAGAAGGAUUUCGAUGCUCCGGACGUCGAGGAAGUUACUGAUGGGCGAGACCGCGCCGCUUCUGUGAACCUUCCUUGGACUGAGACCGUUGCUCCCUUUGAUCAAUAUGGGACUUUAAUGAGCGCGGAGCAGCAAGAGCAAGAUCGGCUUCUGAUUGAGGGUGGCUUGGAAGCGGAUGAUGCGGUCACUGGCGAGGAGCUCACUCCCCUUGACGGGCUUCCUGUCAUUCCGACUGCUCAGUCUUGA